UUUUCAAUGUUUUAGCGGUGUUGUUGGCUGCAGAAAAUCUACUUUACUAUUGUAUGCUUAGAAUAUGGAAUAAAUGAAUUGAUGAGGAGGUUGAUGUUUUUUAUUAUACGUGCCGCGUAUACAAAGAGGAAUAAGAAGCUAUAAAGCACAUGUGGGUCAAGGGAGUAAGAAUAGUUUCAAUUUUCUAUGGUAGAAUAGUUUCAAUUAUCUAUGGUGAGAAUGAACUUCGCUGCCUAUAAGUAAGUGCCUGUGUAGAGCUGAAUAUGAUAAAGAAAAGAUAUGUGGUCAAGCAUAAGAAUUGCGGUUGAGGCUUCACCUGUCUGAUUGUUCAUAAUUUUUUCUAGAUUGGAAGAUAUUGGGCUACCUUGUGCGGAACCUUCUCCAACUACUGGUUCGUUUACUAACCCUCAAACAGGACAUGGCUUUCUUAUCUCCAAUUCAUUUUCAAUGACAGUUCCCUCAAAUGCCCAUGGAGAAAGAAAAUCCAGCUGCUUUGAGUUUAGACCCCAUGCUAAAUCAAACUUGGUUCCUGCAGAUAUGAACCACCAAAGAAGUGAACAAUCUGUUCAAGUUCAAGGCCAGUGUCAGUCUCAGUCACAUGCAUCAUCACCUACAGUCAAAAGCGAGAUGGCAGUCCCCUUGAAUGAGUUGAGUCUAUCAGCACCACUUCCUAUGGUUACUUUAGGGUCUAGUGCUCCUACUCAAGUUGAUUCAGAUGAUUUAAACCAGAUGGGGAUUUCCAACAGUGGGCUUCAGACAUCACAACCUGAUCAUAAAGGCGGAAGUGGUCUUUCAAUGCCAUCUGAUGAUGGAUAUAACUGGAGAAAAUAUGGACAGAAACAUGUUAAAGGAAGUGAAUUCCCACGCAGCUAUUACAAAUGUACACACCCUAAUUGUGAAGUGAAAAAGUUAUUUGAGCGCUCUCAUGAUGGACAGAUAACAGAAAUUAUCUAUAAGGGUACACAUGAUCAUCCUAAGCCUCAACCCAGCCGCCGAUAUACUGCUGGUGCUGUUUUGUCGAUGCAAGAAGAUAGAUCUGACAAAAUUUUAUCUUUACAUGGCCGAGAUGACAAGUCAUCUAGUGCCAAUGGCCAUGUGUCUAAUACCAUUGAGCCAAAUGGUACCCCUGAACAGUCUCCUCUUACACCAAAUGAUGAUUGUACUGAAGGUGCUGAAGAUGAUGAUGAUCCCUUCUCAAAAAGGAGGAAAAUGGAUACUGGGGUUUUUGAUGUUACUCCAGUGAUUAAGCCUAUACGGGAACCACGUGUUGUUGUCCAAACUAUGAGCGAGGUUGAUAUACUGGAUGAUGGGUACCGUUGGCGCAAAUAUGGGCAGAAAGUAGUGAGAGGCAAUCCUAAUCCAAGGAGUUACUACAAAUGCACAAAUGCUGGGUGCCCAGUUAGGAAACAUGUGGAGAGAGCAUCUCAUGACCCGAAAGCAGUCAUAACUACUUAUGAGGGGAAACACAAUCAUGAUGUACCCACAGCAAGGAGCAGUAGUCAUGACACAGCAGGACCAGCACCCGUGAAUGGACCAUCAAGGAUUAGAUCAGAUGAAAGUGAGACGAUUAGCCUUGAUCUCGGGGUUGGCAUCCGUUCAGCUGCUGAAAAUAGAUCAAACGACCAGCAACAAGCAAUGCAUUCUGAGCUCACCCAGAACCAAACCCAAAUAAGCGGUUCCAGUUUCAGAAUAGUUCCAAGAGCCCCAGCUACACCUUACUAUGGUGUUUUAAAUGUUGGCAUGAAUCAAUAUGGGUCUAGACAAACUCCAAAUGAAGGCCGCAGCGUUGAAAUUUCACCUUUAAGCCAUUCUUCUUACCCAUAUCCUCAGAACGUGGGAAGACUAUUAAUGGGUCCAUAAAUUUCUUUCAAAUGAAGUGAACAGAGUUCAAUUUUCCUUCUAUUUCAGCUGGUAAAUGACAGAAAGGCUAGAAUCUGAAAUUGGGAAUUUGAGUAGUUCCUAUUAUCGUCUUGGGGCUGAUCUUGGUAUUAGCUUGUUGCAAAUUCUGGUGUUGCCAAUUGUUGUAUUAAUCAACUAUGCGGAUCACAAAACAUUGUACAAAUAUGAAAGUAACACAGGCAAUACGUAAACACUACUGUAAAAUUAGUGCUUGAAAUGGGAUUCAUUGUGGCUUU